AUUUCUAUGUUCGACGGAAAAGCCGGCCAUGUUUUAAUAUGUUGACUUAUUAAUUGCAAACAUUUAAUAAACAUAUAAAAAUAUUAACAAAGAGCCAUAGAAUAGAUUAGUGAAUUCUGAUUAUAUAUAAAUUAUUGAAAACUCGAUUGAGACCAAAGAAUCAUACCAUAUUCUAAUUUUGUAUGGUAUUCCUUAUGAAUUUCCACUAUCGGAAAAGCAAUUAAAACGGUGCUAUUAUGCCUAUUUGUCCGAUAUGCCGAGAUUCAUGAAUGAGCGAAGGUGAUAUCAAUUCCUUUACGGUGAAGACUAGUAUUUCAUUUAUUUAUGAUCAGAAAAUAUCAAAGGAAAUUGGUAGGGAAAGCAUUACAGAUGUACAUUACAACAUUUCAUGGUCUGGUGGAUACUACAAAUAAUUUUACCGUAUGGCAAAUGAAACUACAAUUGAUAUGGACACAGAAUCUGUGAAAUCAGAAAAUAGUUCAAGAUCUAAAAGAUCAAGAAGCUAUCGGGAUAGAAAUAAUCAUAGGCAGCACUCUCAUAGAAGUUCUAGAAAUAACAAAUCCAAAAGAAACGAAGACAUGGCCCCUUUUCAGACAACAGUUAACAUAAAUCCCGACAAUCGAGAUGGCCAAGAAGUGAUAGAAGUUCAAAUUUUACCUCAGGAUGAUAAUUGGGGUGAAAAUACCACUGCCAUCACUGGUAAUACCUCUGAGCAAUCCCAAUCAACGGAAGAUGUUAACAAUUGGCCAGGUGAACCUGAUACAGGUUUUGGUUUCAUGUGCCAAAGGUACUUAUCAGCUACAUUCACAUAUUUGUUAUCAAUAGUAGCAUUCCUAAGUCCCCUAGCUAUGGUGGUGCUGCCAAAAUUAGGAUUUUUUCCGGCAUUGUCAACUCCCAUUCUAGCCGACUCAGAAAAGCUUCUUGCUUGUGGAGCAGAAUGUAGGGGCCAACUUGUUUCCCUGGUGUUCAAAAUGCUUAUUUUGGGAGUUAGCUCAUGGGCAGUGUUUUUAAGAAAACCUACCGCAACCUUACCUAGAUUUUUCAUAUUUCGUGCUUCGAUCUUACUUCUAGUUUUAGUGUGUACUUUUGCCUAUUGGUUAUUCUACAUUGUGCAAGUAACGGAAAAUGCCCAAGCAGCCACAACUAGAGAAGAAAUAGUAGACUACAAAGCUUUAGUGACGUAUGCUUCAAGUCUAACAGACACCCUGUUAUUCAUAUUGUUUGCAGCUGUAGUACUUAUCGAAAUACGACACUUACAACCUACGUAUUAUAUUAAAAUUGUUCGUAGCCCUGACGGGGUCAGCAAAUGUUAUGCUUUAGGCCAAUUAAGUAUCCAAAGAACUGCCAUUUGGGUGUUACAAAAAUAUUACACAGAAUUUCCUAUUUAUAAUCCUUAUUUAGAGAGAAUACCUGUAUCUAAAUCAAGGAAAACUUCAACCAGUUUUAAGUUCUAUGAAGUAGAUGGCGUUAAUAACACAGCUGUGCAGCAGUCUCAGUCGAGAGCGAUGUUGGCCGCUCAUGCUCGUAGAAGAGACUCAAGUCAUAACGAAAGGUUCUACGAGGAACACGAGUAUGAGAGGAGGGUUAAAAAGCGUAAAGCUAGGUUGAUAACAGCUGCUGAAGAAGCCUUCACUCAUAUAAAAAGACUGCACAACGAUCAAGCUUCGGCGAUACCUAUGGAUCCGCAUGAAGCUGCUCAAGCCAUCUUUCCUUCGAUGGCUAGGGCUUUACAAAAAUAUUUGAGGGUCACUCGACAACAACCCAGACAUUCCGUAGAAGGUAUUUUGGUCCACUUAGCGAAUUGUCUCAGCAAUGAUUCCACCCCAAAAGCGUUUCUAGAAAGGUACUUGGUAACCGAGCCGGUACUUCAAAACGAUAAGGAACAAAAAGAGGUGCAGACGUGGGCUUUAAUUUGCGAAGAAUUGUUGGCUAGACCGGUGGUUGAUAAUGUUGUAUUUCAGCUAAGGCAAAAUGACAUAUCUCUCAUAUGUACAGUAAAAAAGAUUCCGCAUUUUAACAUAACCGAGGAGGUAGUCGAUCCUAAAAGCAAUAAAUUUGUGCUAAGAUUGAACUCAGAAACCUCUGUAUGACCCAUAAUUUAUGACAGACUGAUUUAGUAUUUAUAAUUCACUCAUUUUGAAAUUAAUGAUCUGUUCCAUUGGGUUGUUGGUUAAAUUGUUUCGUUAUGUCUAUAAUUAUAAGAAACGGUCAGAGUUGAGGUUAUGGUACCAUCUGAUAAGAGAAAAAGUGUACACAAAGAACUGAAAAAUGAAGUUUUCAUAUGAGAAAUCAGAGAAUGAGAUAGUUUAAACGAUGCUCAAAAAAUGCAACAAAACAGAAUACAGCUAGUUAAAUCUUUUGCGUUUCUAUUUUACAUAAUACAAGCGAAAUUUAUUUCCAAUCAACCUGAUCAACGAUGCCUUAUUUGAUAAUUAGAGUAAUGAACAUCGUUUAGAUUGAGUAAACGAGAGUGAUGAGAGUGUGUUAAAAUUGAGAAGACAAUCUUUCCCAGUGAGUUACUAAUUCAAUAGAUAUUAAGACAUUCUGCAGUGACAUUUCAUAAUUACAAAAUAAAACGUAUUUAACACAAUAUUUUAUACCUUUCUAAAUUUUUUUAGGUGAAAUGUUGCUUUUGUCUGAAUUUUUAUAAAGGUAUAUAUAUGUAUAUAACCUCUAAAUUACAUUCAGUUAUGUUGGCUGCUCUGAAAUUUGUACCUCAAGCAGUCACUAACUAAUGACAGAAAUAGUGAAAGUAGAGCUGUCAAAGAUACUUUGGAAAAGUAUUCAGACAUUAUCUGUUACUUUGGGCAUCUAGGCAUUCUAUAAAAAGGAACCUAAGUACUUACCUUGAGUUAAUUCUUUAGACGUCUGAUACAAUACUUUUUCAGUCCAUUUAUGAAUUUAAUAAUGUAUCUGAGAUACUUUGUGUUUGCUAUCUCAGAUAUUUUCUGGUUUCUAAGAUAUUUUACAGUUAUUUAAAGUACCCUUCGGUAUCUAAGACCUGAAACAGUUCCUUUUGAAAAGUAUCUAAGGUACAAGUUACUUUUUGCCAAAGAAUAAAAGGAACUGAGGUAUGUUAACUAAAAAACUUUUUUGAUUUUUAAUUUAUUUGAUUCAGUUUUGCUGUUUUAUGCUCACAAAAGAAAAGAUUUAAUUAGUGCAAUUGGAUUUGUAGUUAUGAAAUGUUGCUAAGAAUAUUUUAUCCAAAGUUGAAGAAUUCUCAAAUUGAGAUUGUUCCAUUGAAAACUAUGUACUUAAGAAGUGUGGAGUGAGCCUAGUUUUAAAUAAUUGAUUAGAAAUAUUAGUUUUAGUAGAGUUAAUUUCAAGUAUGUAUAAUACUCAUCUAUAUUUAUCAAAAUUUGGAUAAUAAUGUAGUAUCCAGUGAAAUUGUUUAUCAAAACAUGUUUAUAAUCCAUAAGUGAUGCAGAAAAUCUCAGCAUAUCCUUCUUUUUAUUUGAUUUCUUCUCGUUAUUAGCUUCAAUAUUUUAAUAUAUUAUACUGUGAUAUUUUAAGCUCAAUUUUAUUAUCUUCGAACAUUUCCUUUUCUGUACAAAUAUUGGAGUGAUUUUAAUUUAUAACAGGAAUAAUGUUCCGUUUUUGGUGUACUUGGGUUCAUUAUGGCGGUAAUAUUAUCUAUGAAAACUCAAAGCAGUGAUAAAACAGAGAAGUGUGGUCACUUAUACAUUCACAAAGAGUGUUAGUAUUCAUAUCGAUAUUAUAAACAUUGAUCUCUCUUGCACAAAAAAUUUUUUUAAGGCAGCUUUUUAUUUUUUUUACUUUUCUCAAAUGACGUCCAAUUUUUUAUCAUCCCUGAUUAUCUAUAUUUAAUAUUUAUGGAAUUGCUUAAGUCUCCACAAUUUUUUUCAAUUGAAGCUAUAUUCUGUAUUUUAAUAUUUAAAAUCUAUUUGAUGAAGGCAGUUUUAUAUUUUUGAAUCACUUUUAUAACGAAUAUAUCCAUUCCUAUUUUACACAAAAUAUUUUUAAGAGGUUGAUUCAAAACGACAUUGUAUUAUCAAUAUUAUUAUUGAUGUAAAAAGGUUGAAUUCUAAAUGGCUCUCGCAUUAUUGUAAGCAUAACCUUCACACAUAUUGUAAAAUAAUAUUUCAUAUCAUACUUAAUGUUGAAGUAUUUAUAUUUUUUGAAGUAUGUGAUGAUAUACUUCGAUAAAAAGUUGAUGUACUUUUGAACAGUGCAAUUUAACACAGUGAAAAUACACCUUAUAUUUUAAAUCAGCGUUUUAUAGUAAUAUUUGUGCAGAUGUUUUUGAUGUAAUUUUUAAUGAAAUUUUGUACACUUUUUAUGUUAUUUACAAGUCUUCAAAAUAAAUUUGAUAUUCUAAUAAA